AUGGAGAGGAAAGGGAGAGGAGCACCACCCUCGACGGCGGCGCGUCCCAGGAAUAAUAUCCGAUCACACGCUUCCACGGAGGGAGUUUUCAACGGCGGGGCCACCGUGGGGUAUAGCCCUGGUCCCAUGACUCUACUUUCCAACUUAUUCGGCGAUGGCGAUGAGUGUAAGUCGUUCUCGGAGCUCCUCGCCGGCGCCAUAGUGGACCCCACCCCACCCCAGUUCUUUCUUGAUUCACCUUCUCAGGGACACUUUGGAAUGACAGACCAGCAAAUGCUAGCACAGGUCACACACUCCAAUGUGCAAAUCCAAGCUGAACAUCCAUUCUCCACAGCAGUGCCUGCUACCACAUUGACACAGUUUCACUCUCCAUCUGUCAAUGCUGAUAAGCCUAAUGAAGAUGGAUAUAACUGGAGGAAGUAUGGGCAGAAACAUGUCAAGGGUAGUGACUUUUCUCGAAGUUAUUACAAAUGCACACAUCCAAAUUGUCCUGUCAAGAAAAAGCUUGAACGAUCUCUUGGGGGUCAUGUAACUGCAAUUAUUUAUAAAGGAGAGCACAACCAUCCACGUCCUCAUCCCAGUAAGACCACAAGAGGUACCCUAACUUCAACUGAAAAUUCAGAUAAGUCGAAAGAAGAGAUGAGUUCUCAGAUGGAUCUAGAAUCUAGUCAGGCAACAGCUGAACAUGGGUCGGGGACAAGUGAUAGUGAUCAUGAGACUGAAGUGGAUGAGAAAAAUGAUGAACCUGAUCGCAAGAGGAGAAACACAGAAGCCAGACACCAGGAUCCAGACUCUUUGCAUAGAACUGUGGCAGAACCUAGAAUCGUUGUGCAGACAACAAGUGAAGUGGAUCUCUUGGAUGAUGGAUAUAGAUGGCGUAAAUAUGGACAAAAAGUUGUCAAAGGCAACCCAUACCCAAGGAGCUAUUACAAGUGCACAACCCCAGGUUGCAAUGUUCGAAAGCAUGUUGAGAGGGCUUCAACUGAUCCUAAAGCUGUCAUAACAACGUAUGAAGGAAAACAUAAUCAUGAUGUGCCAGCAGCUAGAACUAAUAGCCACACACUUGCCAACAAUAAUGCAUCACAGCUGAAAGAACAAAAUGCCACACCCAAUGAGACGCAUCGUUUCAGCAGCAGGGGUGUUGGGGGUUAUGAACAGCGACCUGUGGAAAAUCUAAGAUUGAAGGAAGAGCAUAUAACUUAG